AUGAAAUACGUUUUAAUAUUGGGUGGUGUAAUCUCGGGCAUUGGGAAAGGCGUUAUUGCGUCCUCCACUGGGUUACUGUUAAAAACGUUAGGUUUAAAGGUGACUGCAAUUAAGAUUGACCCUUACAUAAAUGUGGAUGCUGGUACUAUGAACCCUAUCGAACAUGGUGAGGUGUUCGUUUUAAAUGAUGGAGCCGAAGUGGAUCUCGACCUGGGGAACUACGAAAGAUUUCUUGAUGUGACAUUAACACGGGACAAUAAUAUUACAUCUGGGAAGAUAUUUCAGCAUGUCAUUGAAAAAGAGAGGAGAGGUGAUUACUUGGGGAAAAACGUACAAACAGUCCCUCAAAUAACCGAUGCAAUCCAAAACUGGAUUGAGCGAGUUGCAAGGAUUCCUGUGGACAAGAGCGGCGAAAUACCAGACAUUUGUAUAAUUGAGUUGGGAGGCACAAUAGGUGAUUUUGAAUCGGCUCCAUACAUCGAAGCAUUGCGACAGUUUCAGUAUCGAGUUGGACAGGAAAAUUUCGCCGUCAUUCAGGUUUCUCUGGUGCCGGUUCUUGGUGUAGUCGGUGAACAAAAGACAAAACCUACACAGGCUACAAUCAGGCAGCUGAGAGCUUUGGGAUUGAAACCUGAUCUGGUGAAUAUGAUAUUAACUCUAGAUGUAGUUGGAAUCGCUUGCAGAUGUUCUGAAGAAUUGGAGGCUCGUGUUCGCUCCAAGAUUGCUCUCUAUUGCCGUGUGGAACUCGAACAAGUGCUAUCGGUCCAAGACGUUGCAUCGACGUAUCAUGUACCACUACUACUUAAAGAUCAGGGUAUAUUGAAUUAUCUGACGAAGCGUCUUAGGUUGGAUUGCAUCAGCAUUACGCCUGAAUGGCAGCGGAAGGGAAGCAAUUUACUACGGUUUUGGAAGAAGUUGACUGUCGAACACAGUCGCUCUCGGGAAACAGUUACAAUCGUCCUAGUGGGCAAAUACACUUAUCUUCAAGAUUCGUACAUUUCAGUCGUUCAGGCACUCGAACAUGCCUCAAUAGAAUGUGGACGUAAACUCGUCUUGAAGGGCAAAAUUGCAGCUGUCAGAUAUGCCAGAGAGAAGAAGGUUCCAUUUUUAGGUAUUUGUCUUGGAUUACAAGUAGCCGUUAUCGAAUUCGCACGUCAUGUGUGUGGCAUUGAAAACGCCAACUCGGAGGAACUAGAUGCAGAGGCCGUCAAUAAAUUAGUUGUGUAUAUGCCGGAAAUCUCACGUACACAUCUCGGUGGUACUAUGAGAUUAGGCUUACGACCGACGAGUUUUACCAAGGAGAGUGAAGGCUGGUGCAAGAUCCGCAAAAUAUACGAAUCACAUCAGUCGAUGGGCACCAUAACAAAAGAAGGCAGCAUGGUUGGAGUCAAAGAACGUCAUCGUCAUCGUUAUGAAGUUAACCCAGAGUAUAUCCACUUGUUAGCAGAGAAUGGACUAAUGUUUGUUGGACGUGAUGAGACGGGAAAACGCAUGGAAAUAAUGGAAUUACCAGACCAUCCGUUCUUCGUGGGAACCCAGUACCAUCCAGAAUAUCUUAGUCGUCCACUACGACCUGUGCCCACAUUCCUUGGUUUUGUGGCAGCGUCUGCUGGAUUGCCACUAAGUUCUCUAUUCUCUAAACAUUUACCAAAUUGA